GUUUCCAUAAGUAUAAAAAGAUGAAGUCAAUCCAUAUUCGACUGAGGUGUGCUGCCGGGAAGGAGUGAGCACAGAGGAGCAGUCCAGUGGUUUGCAGAAGGAAGAGAAAUGGCCCUUUCAAUUGGUUCCAUGUUUUUGUUAGGGCUGGCGUGGUCAGUCGCAAUGGGCCACGCAAAAGAAGUGAACAUUGCACUAAACAUGCAUGCGAAACAAUCAUCGACAUACUCCUACGCUUACGCACAGUAUGCAGUUGAUGGAAACAGGAAUCCGCAGUUUACAGGUAGAUCAUGCUCUAUGACUGGGUAUCAAAAACAUGCUUGGUGGAGAGUAGAUCUUGGUUGUGAGGCGCGAGUUGCCAUGGUGCGCAUAACAAACAGAGGGACCAGCUAUGGCAGCAGGCUAUCGAAUUUUGAUAUACGUGUCAGCAACUAUGAUGGAACACCAACUGGCUCUCGAGUAUGUCGGCGAUAUUAUGGUACUAUGAAUCAAGGAUCAACAACUGAAGUGAAAUGUAGGCGGCCAAGGGUUGGACGAUAUGUUUACAUCAUGUUGAGAGGAACGAAUUAUCUCACACUCUGCGAAGUAGAGGUUUUUUCAAGAAUACCUAAGCGAGAAAUCACUGGAAAUCUUGCGUUAUUCAAGCCCACUUCACAGUCAUCAACAUACAGUGGUUACGACUCCGCACGUGCUGUUGAUGGAAACAGAAACCCAUUGGCGAGCCAGUAUUCCUGUUCUAUGACUGGCUACAACUUGAACCCGUGGUGGAGAGUUGAUCUUAGACAAACGGUCGUUGUUCGCAUGGUCAGAAUCACCAAUCGAAGGGCUAGCUAUGGAUUAGCUGAUUUCACUGUUUUGGUUGGUAGCGAAGAUAGAAAUCCAAGUGGCAACGAACGCUGUAUUUUCUACUACGGCGCGGCACCGUUGGGUUCUACAUUUGAGUUGCGGUGCACUAAUGAAGUAGAGGGCAGAUACGUGUACAUAAUGGAAAAUAAAAAGACCUAUUUGUCCAUCUGUGAAGUGGAGGUGUUCUCUGUAAUACCAAAUAACACGAAUGGUAACUUGGCAUUGUACAAAGAUGCAAUGCAGUCUAAGAGGUAUUCCAGCGGCUAUGCAGCACAUGCAACAGAUGGCAAUUUGAAUACCAUUUCUGGGGGCUUUACUUGCUCUAUUAGUGCUUAUCAGCAGCAUCCAUGGUGGAGUGUAGAUCUUGGCGCAGUCGAACAAGUUUCGAUGGUCAGAAUAUCGAACAAAGCUUACUACAGGAAAUUGCAAAACUUUGAUAUCAGAGUGAGCAACAAAUGUGGUACUCCUACUGGUUCACAGCUAUGUUUUGAGCAGUUUGGCAUGUUUCCAAAUGGUGCUACAGUUGAUUACAAUUGUGACGAAACCCUUCGUGGUCGUUAUGUUUAUGUACUGGCUAGAAGCAAGACGUAUUUGGAACUCUGUGAAGUUCAGGUGUUCUCAAAACCACCUGUUGAAGGUCCAUACACCAACUUAGCAAGGUACAAAAACACAAAGCAAUCAUCUACGUAUUCCACUGGAUAUGCAGCGCGUGCUGUUGAUGGGAACAGAAAUCCAGCUUGGAGCGCUGGGUCAUGCUCCAUAACUGGCCACCAAAAUCAUGCGUGGUGGAGAGUUGAUUUGAACAGACCAAGAACAAUAUCAACCGUGCGCAUUACAAACAGAGGGGAUGGCGUUGGGUACAGACUUUGCAAUUUUGACGUGCGAAUUGGAAAUGUUGAUGGAAAUCCUUACGCUAACUCAAUAUGUGCAACAUUCAAUAGAAUAGCGGGUGAUGGUGAAAUCAUUACAUUGAACUGCUUAAGACGUACCACAGGCCGCUAUGUCUACGUUGUGCUGAGGGGGACAAAUUACCUGCAACUCUGCGAAGUAGAGGUGUUCUCAAGGCGCCCACGAGAAGCUGCAAAUGGUAACUUAGCAAGGAAUCGGUACACUAAACAGAUCUCCAGAUACAGUUAUGGCUAUGCAUACCACGCUGUUGAUGGAAAUAAGAACCCAGUUUGGAGUGGCAAAUCGUGCACAUCAACGAGUUAUAAAUACAAGCCAUGGUGGAUGGUUGACCUUGGCGCAUCAAAGGUUGUUCGAGUUGUUAAAAUCACAAAUCGAGGUGCGGGCGGCGGAAUUUACCUAAAAGAUUUUGACGUUCUUGUUGGGAAUCAUGCAACUCCUGCGUCGAACGCUCGGUGUUACUACUACCACGGGAAAGUGCCAGAUGGACAGACAAUUGAGAUACACUGCACAAGAGCAAGGAAUGGAAGAUAUGUUUUCAUCAGGCUGAGAGGCUGGGGAUAUUUGCAGAUAUGUGAAGUUGAAGUCUACUCGCGUAUCAAGAGAGUUACACGUAGAUGCCUCAACGGGAGCAGCUGGAACUCACAGCACACGAACUAUUCGAGACGAAGGUCUUACGCAAGACGCAGGUCAUACGCAAGACGCAGGUCAUACGCAAGACGCAGGUCUUAUGCUCGACGCAGAUACUACGCAAGACGAAGAUAUGGAAAGUGAUGCACGGGCAUCUUACGGAUGAACAGUCUGUGUAGGUUAGCUAACAUUUGCACAAAUAUUUAGUGGGUUUAGUUUUUUAUGCUUUUUCUAAAGCUGUUAAGGAUGUACCAUGACCAAGUAGUUAAUUGAGGUUAGGCUGACGAUUCUUUAUUGCUAUUUUAGGAAACAGAAAUCUUUAAAUAUCA